AUGUGGGCAUUCAUACCCACCAGCCGGGCACCCACCACACUACUGUGCCUCACAGAUACACCAACCGUGCCAGAGGAAGUACCAACCGUGCCAGAGGAAGUACCACCCGUGUCAGAGGAAGUACCAACCGUGCCAGAGGAAGUACCACCCGUGUCAGAGGAAGUACCAACCGUGCCAGAGGAAGUACCAACCGUGCCAGAGGAAGUACCAACCGUGCCAGAGGAAGUACCAACCGUGUCAGUGGAAGUACCAACCGUGUCAGUGGAAGCACCAACCGUGCCAGAGGAAGUACCAACCGUGCCAGAGGAAGUACCAACCGUGCCAGAGGAAGCACCAACCGUGCCAGAGGAAGUACCAACCGUGUCAGAGGAAGUACCACCCGUGUCAGAGGAAGUACCACCCGUGCCAGAGGAAGUACCAACCGUGCCAGAGGAAGUACCAACCGUGCCAGAGGAAGUACCAACCGUGCCAGAGGAAGUACCAACCGUGUCAGAGGAAGUACCAACCGUGUCAGUGGAAGCACCAACCGUGCCAGAGGAAGUACCAACCGUGCCAGAGGAAGUACCAACCGUGCCAGAGGAAGCACCAACCGUGCCAGAGGAAGUACCAACCGUGUCAGAGGAAGUACCACCCGUGUCAGAGGAAGUACCAUCCGUGCCAGAGGAUGUACCAACCGUGUCCGAGGAAGUACCAACCGUGCCAGAGGAAGUACCACCCGUGUCAGUGGAAGCACCAACCGUGCCAGAGGAAGUACCAACCGUGUCCGAGGAAGUACCAACCGUGCCAGAGGAAGUACCAACCGUGCCAGAGGAAGUACCAACCGUGCCAGAGGAAGUACCAACCGUGCCAGAGGAAGUACCAACCGUGUCAGAGGAAGUACCAACCGUGCCAGAGGAAGUACCAACCGUGUCCGAGGAAGUACCU